AUGGCACCAAAAGAUCGUCAAGUCUCGAUCUACGAUAGCUAUUCUAAUUGUGAAAAUGAAUGCAACUCCGGCCCUUUGUCCUCCCACUAUAGACGAAAGCUCAAUCGAGUCAGCUUCCAUCCGACAGUAGACUUGAAAGAAAUUGCAAAUCGUAAUGAUUACACCCCCACCGAGGUGCAUGCAUGCUGGUACUCUGCUGAAGAGAAAGAGCUCAUGUAUGAAUCUUGCGAGACGGUCGUAGACCGCAUGGAAGCUGGCAAACGGCCGAAAAAGAACACUUCAUAUCGAGGACUCGAAAACUUUAUCGAGGCCAACGCAUCACAGUUUGACGACACCAUACAUGCGUAUAUUGACGCUGUUAUGGAUGAGCAGGAGCGACAAUGGGACAACGAUAUGUUUGAUUGCGAGCUUCUUCGCGAGGUAGCCUUGGAGGUCAGCUUAUACUCUGCCUCGCUUGCUCACAAAAUGGCAGCUUAUGAUGUAAACGAAGCUCGCAAGGCCUACAUUUCCAUGGGAAAAGCACACCGAAAACUUCAGGAUGAUGUCUCCAUCUCUACUGAAAUCACAGAGGUCAGUAGAUCGACCAUGGUUCACGACAUAAAGGCCAAGCAUAACAAGACGAAACGCGACGAUCCGUCGGCCGGUUCCUCAAAGAAAUCCAGAACAGAGAAAAAAAGGAGUUCCAGCCGACCCCCCAAGUCUCACAGCUCGGGGAGUCCCAAGGCGAUAGGCGGUCCCUUAGAGUCCUUUAGAAACAAGGUCUACAAUACUAAGACCGGGGAACGAAGGUUUUGA